AGUGGGGAGGAAGGAUAUGACGUCUCCCCCUUCGGGUUGCAGUACCCGAACCUCUCGCGCGUUCCUACUCAACCCACGAUCUCGAUACCAUGGCAAGCGUGGCCUCCUUUCCUGACCCGCGCGCCGGCACGCCCGCUUCCCACGAGUCAAGAGCGCCCACUGCGUCCAAGGCUUGCGUCGUAGGAGUAUCGAAUCUAGAACGCCCUUCCUUCACCCCCCCUGAUAGCGCGCCAUCGAAAAAGGGAAGUGGGGGCCCCGAAAAUGAUGUUCUGACGCCGUCCGUAGAUCUUCUUGUUCGGGCGCGCUGGACGGCGCACGCGGGAGAGGCAAUCAUACCGCAUUCAUAGGCAUAUAGGCAAAGAAACCCCCUGCAUUAUCCGCCUUGUGCUAAUGUAAAGUCAG